AGCAAUAGCAGCAGCAACAGCAGCAGCAGUACCAGCAGCAAUAACAGCAGCAGCAGCAACUACAGCAUCACCAGGAGCAGCAACAGCAGCAACACCAGCAGCAGCAUCAAGAGCAGCACCAGCAGCAGCACCACCACCACAGCAGCAGGAGCAACAGCAGCCAAAGCACCAGCAGCAGCACCAACACCGGCAGCAACAGUAGCAGCAGCCAAAGCACCAGCAACAGCAACAGCAGCAGCAACAGCAGCAGCAGUACCAACAGCACCAGCAGCUACAGCAGCUAGCAGCAGCAGCACCAACAGCAGCAGCACGAACAACAAUAGGGAGAGCAGCAGUAGCAGCAACAGCAGCAUCAGCAAUAGCAGCAGCAACAGCAACAGCAGUAGCAGCAGCAAUAACAGUACCAGCAGCAACUACAGCAUCACCAUCGGCAGCAACAGCUGCAACACCAGC